ACUCGGUAGCCCAUUACAAUCAGAUGGCUACAGAGAAUGUGAUGGACAUCGGUCUGACCAACGAGAAGCCCAAUCCGGAACUCUCUUAUUCGGGCUCUUUCCAGCCAGCCCCCGGCAACAAGACCGUGACCUACUUGGGAAAGUUCGCUUUCGACUCUCCUUCCAACUGGUGCCAGGACAACAUCAUUAGCCUCAUGAGCGCCGGCAUCUUGGGGGUGCCCCCGGCCUCAGGGGCACUCAGUACGCAGACGUCCACGGCUAGCAUGGUGCAGCCUCCGCAGGGCGACGUGGAGGCCAUGUAUCCGGCGCUGCCCCCCUAUUCCAACUGCGGUGAUCUCUACUCGGAACCCGUGUCUUUCCACGACCCCCAGGGUAACCCUGGGCUCGCCUAUUCUCCCCAGGAUUACCAAUCGGCCAAGCCAGCCUUGGACAGCAAUCUUUUCCCCAUGAUUCCUGACUACAACCUGUACCACCACCCCAACGACAUGGGCUCCAUUCCGGAACACAAGCCUUUCCAGGGCAUGGACCCCAUCCGGGUCAACCCACCCCCUAUUACCCCUCUGGAGACCAUCAAGGCCUUCAAAGACAAGCAGAUCCACCCGGGCUUCGGCAGCCUACCCCAGCCGCCGCUCACUCUCAAGCCCAUCCGGCCCCGCAAGUACCCGAAUCGGCCUAGCAAGACCCCGCUCCACGAGCGGCCCCACGCGUGCCCCGCAGAGGGCUGUCGCCGCCGCUUCAGCCGCUCGGACGAGCUGACUCGGCACCUACGCAUCCACACGGGCCACAAGCCCUUCCAGUGUCGGAUCUGCAUGCGGAGCUUCAGCCGCAGCGACCACCUCACCACUCACAUCCGCACGCACACCGGGGAGAAGCCCUUCGCGUGCGAGUUCUGUGGGCGCAAGUUUGCGCGCAGCGACGAGCGCAAGCGCCACGCCAAGAUCCACCUCAAGCAAAAGGAGAAGAAGUCGGAGAAAGGGGGUGCGCCCUCUGCAUCCUCGGCGCCCACCGUGUCCUUGGCCCCUGUGGUCACCACUUGCGCCUGAGGCUCGGGCACCCAGAUCCCCUCCC